AUUUAGAUCGAUUUUGACGGCAGUUUUGACACAUUUUCUGGCCUUUUCACACUUGCGUCAAUUCAAAGCCCCCCCUUCCUACUUGACCUUCAUCUUCCCACGCGCUUCACCGAUUUUUCACCCCCAUUGACACACCGCGAAUUCCAACCAAAUCCCAGUUCCAGAUUCCUCCUCAUCCGCCGGAAAUUCGAUUUCUUUCGGGAACCCACAUCGCUGGAUCUCGGCAAAUGGCGACCCGCUCGGCGGCGCUCAAGGUAGGAUUGGCCUUGCUGGGGCUGGGCAUGGUUGGUUACAUACUUGGUCCGCCGCUCUACUGGCACCUCACGGAGGCUCUGGCCACCGUCAGCCACCGCUCCUCCGCCUCCUCUUGCCCUCCAUGCGUCUGUGACUGCUCCUCCCUGCCUCUCCUCACCAUCCCUGAAGGACUGAAGAAUGCUUCUUUUGCCGAAUGCGUGAAGCGUGAUCCAGAGGUGAAUGAGGACACGGAGAAGAACUUUGCUGAGCUGCUAACCGAGGAAUUGAAACUGCGUGAAGCGGAAUCGUUGGAAAAGCAGAAGCGAGCGGACAUGGGAUUGUUAGAGGCAAAGAAGAUAAUGUCGUCAUACCAAAAGGAGGCAGAUAAGUGCAACUCUGGGAUGGAAACAUGCGAAGAAGCACGGGAAAAGGCGGAGGAAGCUCUCGUGGAGCAGAAGAAGCUAACGGCUUUGUGGGAGACGAGGGCUCGUCGGAAAGGAUGGAAAGAAGGAGGAGGAUCCACCAAAUCAAAUGGUAAGAGCAAGAAGAGCAGUGUCCAAGUUGCUUAAGAACGCAAACAAAAAAUGAUGAUUCAGGCCAAACAAGAUGAAAGUAACUGUGAAGGUAAUACGUCUUUAGUUGUCUCACACGGUAUGGAUUGAAAAUGUUGUAACAAUAACAAGUGUCUUGAACCUUGAUGAAAGUUUCAUAAUCCUAUUUUCUUGUUUUUCAUCUCA